CACCGGUUUGACAGCAGGUAUAGACCUAGAAGCGACCACCGUUCGUGAGUACCUUCGGCGAUCGCGGAGCUGUUCCAGUGCCGUUCCCGUCUUCAAUAAUCGAGGAGAUUAUCGCGAUACAGUCAUCUCCUCGUUUCAAAUAAUGGAAGAGAAGAUCCGAAUGACGUCUUCGAGUGCGACCGUGAUGGUCGUGCUCUUCGGCAUGGUCGCCAUUUUGGUUCCUAUGGUGGCUGCGGAAACUUUGAAAAGCAACGCAUCUGCUCCUGCAUCUACUUCUGGCAACAAUACUGCAAAUAAUUGGGACGAUGAUGAUUACGUUCCAUAUCAAGGCGAACGAUUCGACGUCUUCGACUGGGGUCUCUGCAGGAAUUUGGCGAAGAAAUAUACGGGGAAUAUGCUGAUAUCUCCGAUAUCGAUAAAACUUACCCUUGCACUACUUUACGAAGGAGCUCAAGGUCAAACUGCUCACGAACUUGCCGGUGCUUUGGAACUUCCUGGUGGCCGAGCAGCGACUCGGGAUCGUUUUUCUAGCGUCCUCCGGUCCUUACAGGCGAGUCGGCCGGAGUAUUCCUUUGACAUUUCAACUCGUCUCGUCGUCGACCAGUCGAUUAAGCCCAGACAACGAUACGGUGCUAUUCUAAAAACAUUUUACUCAACCGACGUAGUAAUCGCAAAUUUAACUGAUUCACACAACACCGCAAAAGACAUAAACUCGUGGGUAUCAAACGUGACGCAUGGCCAUAUUAAAGACCUAAUUACCGAUGAGGCGAGUUUGAAGGAUUCAGUUCUUCUGGUGAUAAACGCAUUGUAUUUCAUGGGUUCGUGGCGUUAUCCGUUUUCACCAAGCUUAACCAGGAACGGAGUAUUUUACACGGAUAUCGAUAAAACCAUUCAAGUCCCUUACAUGAACAACGUUGGACAUUAUUAUUACUCGGAAUCUCCAGAGUUGGAUGCCCAGAUACUCAGACUACCAUACCGUGGUCAGAAGUUCGCUAUGUUCAUAGUUUUGCCCAGAGCGAGGACCGGUCUUCAGCAACUCACUCAGGACAUUAACCCCUUCGUUCUAAGACGACAGCUAUGGCUGAUGGAUUAUAUUCCGGUUGAUCUUAUAAUACCGAAAUUUAAAUUCGAUUAUACGUCUCAUUUGGAAGGAGUGCUUCGCGAGAUGGGAAUCCGUGACAUAUUUGACAACACAGCUAGUCUCCCUGGAAUCGCCCGUGCGAAAGAAAUGGCACAACGUCUGGUGGUUUCCGACUUCGUGCAGAAGGCAGGUCUUCAAGUAGACGAAGUUGGAACCGUGGCGUACGCUGCUACCGAGGUUCAAAUCGGGAACAAGAUAUCCGACAGAACAUUCCACGUUCGUCACCCGUUCCUAUUUUUCAUCGAAGAUGAGACGACAGGAACCGUCGUGUUUGUUGGAAAAGUUACAAAUCCAUUGCUGACCACGGGAAGUAACGUAGAGGUUUCCUUCCCCUCUCGGUUUGGAGAGGACACAUCCGGUUCACCUCCCGCAGCUCCUACUUUCGCGGCGCCAAGUCAAGCCGUCGAAGUUGAUGACAGAUUUAAUUUCUUCGACAUUGAACUGCUUCAGAGUCUAACAGAGGAUAGUGUCGACAAUAUCAUCAUAUCACCUGCUAGUGUGAAGGCAGCGCUGACUGCUUUAAUUGAAGGAACUGGGGGACGUACAAGAACUGAAAUUCUCUCAUUAUUGAGAUUACCUUCGGACCCAACUAGCCUAAGAUCAGCGGCAAAACGUUCUUUGGCGUCGUUCAAGGCGACGAGAGAAGCGGGCGUUGAACUGAACCUCGCGACUUGCCUCUGGACCGGAAAUGACAUCGGAAUCAAUCAGAGAUACAGCGAACUUCUUAGGCAGAACUACGACAGUGAUAUUCAGACGGUAAACUUUGCUGACGCUCCGAGUUCCGCCAAUCUCAUCAACGAAUGGGUCCGCAAACAGACUAGAGGAAACAUUCAGUCCAUCGUUGAUCCGGGUAGUCUGGGCGGUGGAACUCGGCUGUUGCUGACGAACGCUUUGUACAUGAAAGGAAAUUGGAAAACUUCAUUCGAUCGGAGUUUAACUGCUAAAAGAUGCUUCAGAGUACCAAACAUUGGAUGCCGGAAUGUUCACCUUAUGGAGAGCCUCGCUUAUUAUCCUUACGCGUAUAUUCCAUCAUUGGACGCUGACGUGGUCCAAGUUCCGUAUGCGGAUGACAAACUUUCGAUGCUCUUUCUACUGCCUGAUAAAGAGGAUGGGAUUAAUGGACUGUCGAGGGAUCUGUCACACACUCCGCUGUCACUUAUUAUGCAAAGUUUGAAAUACACCGAAGUUCUUCUUUCCGUACCACGAUUUACCAUCGAAAGUAAAAUGGAUCUGAGACCAGCAUUGGAAAAUCUGGGACUCAGAGACUUGUUUGACCUGAACGCGAAUCUUUCGGGAAUCAUAAGCAGUCCUGUAAAGAUUGGGAAUGUUCUCCAUAAUGCUAAGAUUGAAGUGAACGAGGAAGGAACAAUAGCGGCAGCGGUUACAGGGGUUGCAGUUAUUCCGCUGAUGGGUUCCACAGUCCAACGUUUUAGAGCUGAUCGGCCGUUCAUCUUCCUGCUUUGGGAUUCGGAAUCUGGAUCGGUUUUAUUUGCAGGAUGUAUGACGAACCCAAAUCCAUCAGAUGAUGCAGCAUCAUCACCUGUAUCGGCGCAACGAAAUGCGGAUAUUCCGCCUCGUCGGUUGCUCUACGUGAGCGAAUAAACCCGGAAUUUUCUAUUGUAAUAAUACACUUGAACGGAACAUUAUUGUAAUCAAGUAAUUGCAUUUUUUAUCUUCCGUUCAUUUGUUGAUCAAAUUAAGUAAAUACGGAAAACAUACGACGAUGUCAUCAAGUUUCCUACGUAACAUACGCGGCGAUGACCACGAUGACGACGAAGACGCACGUGCUGGUGCACUUGUCCGUCGCGACGUCUUUUAAUAAUAAUAACAAUAUAUAUUGUACAAACGACCGAUUGGCGAAGCUUGAAUUAUCACGACAGGCUGUACGGCCGAUAUGAUUUUGUCUAUAAAAUUAUACGCGAUCGGCAGCGAAUUGUAGCUAAUUGAUUAAUUCGUAACGUUGCUCAAAUUACACGGCUGUGUUAUGAUUUUUUUUCUUUCUGAUACUACCGCGUGCUUCAAUAAUAAAAAUUUUCUACUUCUGCA